CCUCCAUUGCGUCCGCACUCUCUAUAUCUACUCGAAUCGGAGGAGAACAACCAAAGAGGCGAUUAUCAUGACGAAGCGGCAGGCGUUCGAACCAUUGGAGGACGCUAUAGAUGCGCCAUCACCCGCUUCCAAACGAGCGCGCGUCGAGGAUGAGCCCUUGUCAGGAUCCGAACCCGAGAAUGGCGUACCUACAAAUGGCAGGGCUACCUCAUUCCAAGUAGAUGCGCCAGACACAGAAACUCAGGACGACAGCGAGGAUGAAUCUGCAAUCGCAGCGCCCACACGACAGAAGGCACCCGAAGCCGCUUAUACCGAUCUCUACCUUGACACAAUAGACCGCAAAGUUUUGGAUUUCGACUUCGAGAAGCUGUGCUCCAUAACGCUAUCGAACAUCAACGUAUACGCAUGUCUUGUUUGCGGCAAGUAUUUCCAGGGACGUGGACCCAAGUCACAAGCCUACUUCCACGCACUGGACGAAAACCAUCAUGUGUACAUCAACAUGGAAACAAAAAAGGUCUAUGUUCUCCCAGAAGGUUACGAGGUCUCGUCCAAGUCGCUGGAUGACAUACGCUUUGUAGUGGAUCCACGAAUGACCAAGACGGAAGUCGCGCGUUUGGACAAGGAACCAAAGGUGUCUUGGGACUUGACAAAUAAGGAAUAUGUACCUGGUUUCGUAGGCAUGAACAAUAUCAAGGCAAACGAUUACUUCAACGUAGUAGUCCAAGCUUUGUCGCAUGUCGUCCCGCUGCGCAAUUACUUCAUGCUCGAAGACUUGUCGAGCCGACCGCAGUUGGCCCAACGAUUCAGUACACUGGUCCGCAAGAUCUGGAAUCCCCGGGCUUUCAAAAGCCAUGUAUCACCACAUGAACUCUUGCAAGAAAUUGCCCUCCGGUCGAGCAAACGAUACUCGUUGUCUGAGCAAUCCGAUCCGGUGGAGUUCUUGUCGUGGUUUCUCAAUCAUUUGCAUUUGGCUGUUGGGGGAUCAGCUACAAAGCCGGGCUCCAGUAUCGUUCACAAAGUCUUCCAGGGUACCCUUAAAAUUGAAUCGCAGGAGAUAACGGCGCGUGCAGACGCAGAUGAUCGCCUACGCUUUGAAGAUGCCGCCGUCAAUACGAAGGUCUCCAAAUUCCUGGUCCUCACACUCGACCUGCCUGCGGCACCUCUCUUCCAGGAUGCCAUCAAGGAGAACGCCAUUCCCCAAGUUCCGCUCAUCAACAUCUUGAGCAAAUACAAUGGCAUCCAACCCCAAGAGAAGAUGAGAGAUCGUGUCCGAUAUCGUCUCCUUCAUCCACUUCCCCCGUGCCUUCUAUUUAACAUCAAGCGAUUCAGCAAAAACAAAUUUGUGUCAGAACGAAACCCCACAAUUGUCAUGUUUCCCGUGACGUCUUUAGACAUGUCUCCGUACGUUGAGCCCAACCCGAAACUGUAUCCGCCGGGAGAGCCUAUAUGGUACGAUUUGGUGGCCAAUGUCACCCAUGAGGCUGUGAAACAAAAGGACGAUAGCGUUGAGGGGGAGCAAGAGAGAAAAGUCUGGAGAGUACAACUCAAGGAUCGCAGUCGGAAUGAGUGGUAUGGUAUCCAAGAUCUGUUUGUGGAAAAAGAAAGGGCGGAGACGAUCUUCUUGAAGGAAAGCUAUCUUCAGGUCUGGGAGAGGCGGAAAGGACAGCCUGGUGUUGCAGCCACUUCGAAUGGGAAGGGAAAGGGGAGAGCAUAA